GCAGAGUCUAUGCUCAAUCUGCCAUAUUACAUGCCAGAGCCCAAAAGUAUUGACCAGUUCUUCAAGAGAAGACCUCGUCCAGAGGGUCGUGCCAUGGCUUUGCUUAAGUCUGCCAAUUACCAGGCUUGUAUUUUAGAGAGCACUACACAAUCACCUCCAGAUCAAGCCACAAGAUCUCAGCACAUGCCUGAGCAGGACUCAAGCCCUCCAACAGAAUCAUCUCUGGAUAACCAGUCCUCCACUAUAUCCCUACCUCUAGCAGACACAGCCACCAGCACUCAUCAGGACAAUCGUACCAAUGAUAGCGACUCACAGACCUCAAACGAAGCAGAAGUAGAACAUGACAUAAGCACUGAUGAACCCAAACCUGUGGGUCAAGAGAAAGAAACUCCCAUUGAGCAAGAAACUGAGGGAGCUAAACGUCCAGAAAAGGACCAAGUAAAGCAACAGGCCUCAGUUGAUCAAGCCCAGACUGCUGCUCAGAUGCUCAAACCUCGCAAGGAUAAACUAGCCAGACUAAAAGAGCUUGGUCUAGAUCCUCCUCCUGUGGCGAAGUUGUGUGCAGAUGAUGGGGCUUUUGUCCAGCUGGAGCCACCUCAGGAAAACCCAGCUCUGAAAGCACUACAAGAACGCUUCAUGAAGCACAUCCAGCCUGCUCCUCGCCCUAAAAGAGAGCGCACAUUGCAGCUUAAUGUGGUGAGGAAAGAUAGUGCCCCCUCAGGACAGGAAGAACUGCACUCUGAAUCAAUCACAAUAACUGUCAAUGAGGGAGAGGAUGAACCUGCAAAUGUCAAACCAGGAGAGAAACUGGUACUGUUGAAGUCUCGCUUGCAACAAGCCAUGGCCAUCCGCAGGAAGGAGGAGAGGGAGCGCAGAGCUGCUCUGCAUCGUCUUGACAACGAGGAUUGUGAGGAAGAAGAGGAAGCAGAGAUGACUGAGUCAGAGGAUGAAGAGGGUGUUGAUGAAUUGUUGGGGGAUGGUGGUGAUGAAGAGGAGGGAGAAGAGGUGGUGGACAAAGAGGAAGGUGAAGAUGACAUUUCAACGAAAACAUGCCCCUCCCCAGGCUUCAAAAGUCCCUCUCCAACUCCAACGGACACUGAUGGAACAUUGAUGCUUUUUGCCGGCAACUCCUGUUCCCGCACAGGGGAUGGAGUAAGAAGAUUAGGCACAUCUGGCCAUGAAGCUGACAAUAAAAUGG